GUUAUGACUUUUUUGCUAUUACGUGAUGACAAAUUAAUCACUUUUUCAGCUACCAGUGUAAAAUGAUUGCCAAAAGUUUUUUCAGCAGCGAGAGCUCAUUCUUUUUCUUCAGGUCGGUGGUUUAACUUCGAAACACCACAAGCUUUUGCGUCACACUAAGUUUCAGGCGAUAAUUCUACGGCUUCAAAAGUUUCAAACGCUUGAUUUUACCAGCAGCAAUUAACCUUUUAUUGUCAGUUUAAACAGCCGAUUUGCUUGUUAACUUGAGCUUCAGUUUCAAUCAAAAGUACAACUAAAAUGGCGGACGAGCCUCGGGCUUUAUUUGGAAACUGGUUCUCAUACAUUCUAGCAACUAUCGGAUUUGCAGUCGGACUUGGCAAUGUAUGGCGAUUUCCCAAAACGUGUCUCGAAAACGGCGGAGGAGCGUUCCUGAUUCCUUACUUCAUCGUGUUUUUUGUCGAGGGAAUCCCGUUGAUGAUGAUCGAAUUAGUGGUCGGGCAGAGGUUCCGGGGUUCCCCGGUGCAUUCAUACGGCCGCAUGAACAAAUACCUCUGGGGAAUCGGAGUUGCGAUGAUGUUUGCGAGUCUUUACACUGUUUUAUACUACAACACCAUAUUGGCCUACGCUUAUGUUUACUUCUUCAAUUCAUUUCAAGCUACCCUCCCUUGGGCAAAAUGUCCUGAAGGAGAUGUGGCAUGCCUCAGCAGCUCGGACCCUAGUCAGUGGUUCUUCAGCGACCAAGUAGCGAUGACGUCAUCUGACCUUGAAGACAAUUCAGGAGGAUCAAAUGGGUUCGUUUGGCACGUAUACUUUGCAACUUUGGUCUCUUGGGUUACAGUUUUCCUGGCAAUGAUAACAGGUGUGAAAUCUUUAGGAAAAGUUGUUUAUUUCACAGCGUUGUACCCUUAUGUCAUGUUAACUGUGCUUCUGAUCAUUGGCGUGCGACUUGACGGCGCAAAAGAGGGUUUGAAAUUUUUAUUCGAACCUGAUUUUGACAAGCUGUUGGAACCAACAGUGUGGCUCGCUGCCGCUGAGCAGAUCUUCUUCAGCGCUGGAUUGGGAUUCGGAGGUUUGAUUUCGAUGUCAUCGCGGAUGCCGGUCCGAAACAACGCUUUUUUGGACACUUUUGUAAUCAUGUUCGUCAAUUCAUUCACCUCUCUUUAUGCCUCAAUUGGAAUAUUUUCCAUAAAAGGACAUAUGGCGCAGAACAGUUUAGAAGAAUGUGAAGCGAACAAUGUGAACGCGACUGCAACUGUGACAAGCUGCGACUUCAAUUUUUUCAUGCAGGAAAACGACUCGGGAACCGGCUUGGUGUUCGUCGCAAUGGCCAAGGCAGUCGAAACGAUCGGCGGCUCUGGAAGCGCCACGAUUCUCUCAAUUCUCUUCUAUCUCAUGAUCAUAACUCUCGGUUUGGACUCGGCUUUCGGAAUUGCCGAGGGGUUCGUGUCGGUUUUCGCUGACUUGAAACUCCUACGAAAAGUCCCACACUACGUUUUGAUGGGAAUAUUUUGUAUUUUCGGAGCUGCAGUUUCACUGUUAUUUUCUACAACACGUGGUGGCUAUUUUAUCGAUAUCUUCGACCUCUACGGGGCCGUUUAUGUCCUCGUAAUUGUCGGGUUUUUCGAGCUCGUAGCUGUCGGAUGGGUGCACGGCAUUCAUAACUUCAGUCGAGAUUUCACAAUAGUGAACGACUUCCACCCAUUUUGGAUCUUCAAACUAAUGUGGAAGUACAUUUCGCCUAUUGCUCUUUUUGCGGCAAUAGUUGGCAAAUUUGUGGAUGAUGCGCUUGAGAAUGCGUUGCUCACGUAUACGCCGGGAAGUGAAAAAGAGACGUAUCCAUGGUGGGCUAUGGUUUUGUGUCUGUUUUUAUUCUUCUCGGCUGUUUUACCUAUUCCGCUCGCAGCGCUAAUCAGCCUCUGCACUAGACUAAACUUCGGCAAAAUCGAUUACAACGAGAAGGAAAUAACUUCGAAAAUUGAGCCGAAAGAAUAUUGGUCAAUCGAGCAACUGGUAUGCUGCGUUCCUGAAGAGUUCGACUUCCCUGAAAACAUCCAGCUCAGAUAUGUCUCGCCGGAACCACUGGCUCCGCCCCCUCGCUACUCCAGCGGUACUAGUUUGGUCGGCUCAAAGGGGUCUGAAGAUUACUACCCAACUGCUAACACCCAAUUCUGAGAAAGACGGAAGCAUUUCUAUGUUGAACUCAUAACAAUUUGCAGCACCUUUUCCAAUCUCAGCAUUAGACAGCUUGUAAAGAUUUUACAAUUACCAAUUUCAUUACUUUUUUACAAUUCAAUGAAAUUUUGUAAUCUUUUUAAC